AAUGUGAUCUUUGGUUAAAUGAGCACCGGCAAGGGAGGGUGUCUUUCUAAUGAGGCCUCUCGCCGGUCUGCUGCGGAUCGGGACCCUCUUCCUCGCUGUGGGGUGGACUCUCCAGAGAGAAGUUUCAUUGCACGUCUCGCAACCCAGUGUGAACGCCACGGUGGCCCAGAACAUUUUGCUGUCGGUCGCGUAUACCUGCAAAGGGGUCCCUGUCAUCGAGUGGAAACACACGGCUCCAUGGGGCACGACCAAAAUCGUUGAGUGGAAACCAGGGACUUACACCAACAUCUCCAGCGGUUACAGAGACAGGGUGAACAUUUAUAGCAACGGUUCUCUACAGAUCCUGAAUGUGGCUAUGAGAGAUUCGGGGUAUUACUUGGUCACAGUAAUGGGAGAGUUUGGAACUACCACUUACGGCACCAUCUUAUUGAAUGUUUCCGAGAUCCUCUAUGAAGACUUGCAUUUUGUGGCUGUCUUCUUUGCAUUUCUUACCGCUGUGUCCGCUGUUCUCAUCUGCCUCAUGUGGCUGUGCAAUAAAUCCCUGCAUCUGCUUCAGAAGGAGAGGCACCAGCUGAAAGAGAGUGCGACUGAAGAGACUGAACUGCAAAUGAUGGGAUGUUAGCAAAGAACUCUUUACAUGUACAAAAGUCAAUUUUCUACCUCAGAAGAA